AUGACGGAACGCUACAGUUUCUCGCUGACUACUUUCAGUCCCUCUGGAAAGCUUGUGCAGAUUGAGUAUGCUCUUGCAGCGGUUGGAGCUGGAGCACCAUCUGUUGGUAUCAAAGCAACCAAUGGAGUAGUUCUAGCUACAGAAAAGAAGCAGAAAUCUGUAUUGUACGAUGAGCACAGUAUUCACAAAAUCGAACCCGUCACCAGGGGCAUCGGCAUGGUUUACAGUGGCAUGGGUCCUGACUUCCGUGUGUUGACCCGAAGUGCCAGAAAGCUGGCCUCACAGUACUACCUGUCUUAUGGAGAACAGAUCCCCGUUGACCAGCUGGUACAGAAAGUGGCCAACGUGAUGCAGGAGUUCACACAGUCUGGGGGUGUGAGACCAUUUGGUGUGUCGCUGCUGCUGGCCGGGUGGAACCAUGAUCAGGGGAAACCAUAUCUAUACCAGUGUGAUCCAUCUGGAGCACAUUUUGCAUGGAAAGCCACAGCCAUGGGAAGAAAUCAUGUAAAUGGGAAAACAUUUUUGGAAAAAAGGUACAGCGAUACUCUUGAACUGGAGGAUGCUGUACACACCGCCAUUUUAACCUUGAAGGAAAGCUUUGAAGGACAGAUGACGGAGGACAACAUUGAGAUCGGGAUCUGUAAUGAGACAGGAUUCCGACGACUGUCACCUUCAGAGAUCAAGGAUUAUCUAGCUUCUGUGUCUUAA